AGAAAUGUAAUUAAAAGGAAGAACAGAACUGGAGAAGGCGUCCAUUUUGUGGGAGUGCAGCCUGGUAUCAGUUGGUUCCCUGUAUGGCAGGUGGUGAAGGGAUAAUCCAGGGUUUGUUUUCAGUCAUCCAGAAGCUAAAGGGGACUACAGAACAGGAAUUAAGGAUAGUUCUUCUGGGACUGGACAAUGGUGGUAAGACAACCCUCCUGAAGAAGCUCGCUUCUGAAGACAUCAACACAGUCACCCCAACACAGGGCUUCAAUAUAAAAAGUGUGACCUCCCACGGCAUGAAGUUGAAUGUGUGGGACAUCGGCGGACAGCGAAAGAUACGAACCUUCUGGAAGAAAUACUUAGAGAACACCGAUUUGUUGAUCUACGUCAUUGACAGUGCUGACAAAAAGCGCUUUGAAGAGACGGGGCUGGAGCUGGCAGAGCUGAUUGACGAGGAGAACAUGAAGGAUGUGCCCGUGCUCAUCUUCGCCAACAAGCAGGACCUGGCCACGGCGUCGCCUGCCAGCGAGAUCGCCGAGGGACUCAACCUGCACACGUACCGGGACCGCAAGUGGCAGAUCCAGGCCUGCUCGGCUCUGUCAGGAGAGGGUGUACAGGAUGGCAUGAACUGGAUUUCCUGCAACAUUGUCAAAGCAAAAAAAGACACCUAAGCUCCGUUCUGCAAAAACAGCCCUUCAAUUUUUUUUUAACCAAUUUUUUUAUUACUUUGUUUAUUGUAAAUAUACUAUUGAAAAGUCAGUAUUAUUUUGUUAAUAAUUCCACCUAAAAGCCGCCCAAGUAACAUAUUGUGAUUCCCUAAACAAUUGAGUGAUUCAAAUUGCUAAACCACAGAUUAAAUCAAGUUUUGUGAGAACUGUGAGAAAAAAUAAGUGCAAGUUGUACUUCCUAAAUGACUACUUUGGCAAGUUAAUUUCAGUAUUAUUGCAGCACGUUCUGCCCCGAAAAAAUGUAGCAGAAAGUAUAUUAACGGUGGUGUGUUGAACAUAUUGUUGCAAAUCUUGGGUGGACUGACUGAUGUAGUACGGUCAGCUCUUAUGGCAUCUGAGAAGUCAUUCUGAGAUGGCUUUAAAGCAUAAACCUAUGUCAUUUUCGAUUUGGCCAAACGGGAGCAAACAUAUCUCAAAGCCUAUUUCAAAAUGUUUAACACAGAAAACGUAGCUAAACGUAUCAAAACGCUUUCCAGUUGAAUGGCCUAAAUCUGUUUUUCAGUUGAGGGGCAUCUGAAUGUGGGAGGGCGGGGCUUGAUGACAAACACAACCCUUUGACAUCAUACCCUCUUGUCCAAUCCAGAGCUUGGAGAGGCGGAGUUUCUUUUUCCCUUGUGGAUGGGCGGGGUUUAAUGUUAAGCAUCCUGCAGUGAGACGUAUAUCCAGAACGUGUGUCAGUUGGUUUAAUGUUAAGCAUCCUGCAGUGAGACGUAUAUCCAGAACGUGUGUCAGUGGUUUAAUGUUAAGCAUCCUGCAGUGAGACGUAUAUCCAGAACGUGUGUCAGUUGGUUUCCUGUGAAAGGAGCAAUAAAAGUAUGCUGUGAUUGAUGGAUGCUAGCCUCCAGCAACAAACACUGAAGGCAAAGAACACCUCUGGGGACUCUCAGUUUCUGAGGUAAAUUAGUAUAGUUUGCAUGAUAUGAUGUAACUCUGUAAUACUGUGUUGUCUGUGUGUUCAAAAAAUUAAAAAAAGAAACAUUAAAAGUU